GUAGAGCAGUUGAUGCUGCAACAUCCAAAAUAAGGAUUUGCUUUUGUUUGUGAUAUGCUGCGCAUUAGAAUAUUUGAUACAAUCAUUUUACCGGUGUGACUGUAUUUCUUGCAUGGCACAAGCUAUACAAUAGUUACAUUAUUACUCAUGUGCCUUGUCGAAAUCCAACUUCACUCCAAUGGUAAAUUUAAUGGGGUUUGACGUGCUGUUCGCUUCAUUAGUAGGUUACAGAUGAGUUAAACGUUGAAGUCGGUACGGAACGUAGUUAAAUAAUGAAACCUAACGAUCCCACUUAGACCAACUGCAGGUUUAAGUAAAGCUUUAUUUUGUAACUGAAGACCCCAACUAAAAAGAGAAAUGAAGCAAGAAAAUUAAGUGUGAACGUGUGGUGCCAAAUAAUUGUAAUGUUUAUGCAUUUUACUUUUAACAUGAGCUGCAUCCAAAAAAGUUGUGCGCUCCCAGAUCCGUAAUAUCAUUUUGGUUGCCGGAGUGGCUGUGUGCUUAAUCGGAAGACACCAGCGGGCACUGCCGUAAGUUGUAAGAACUUUCCUCUUGGACGAACUUUUUUCUCCCCACAUAAUCUACCCACAUCCGCCCGCAAGCGACUUCAUCCAUUUUAGCUGAAACGUUAUUAAAUAAAUUCGUCUCAUAUGCGUGUCUCAGCACAGCACGUUUUAAAGACCAUUGGCACAUUUGGUUCUGCAACCGACUUAUAGGGAAUCUUAAGCAAAAUUUCUUCAGUUCAUCGUGCGUCCUUCUAUCAUCGGCCGUCCUGAUGGUUUUUCCUCUCUUCUGCCAGUGCCUAAUGACUUUAUUAGUAAUAGAUAUUUCAACCGCGUAAAGCAUUCUAGGGGUCAUAUCCGUGAGAAACACUUGCGUCUCGUUUGAUCUCAAGGUCUAUGUCUCUAGCUAACGAUUGCUUAGUUUGUCUGCCUUCUGUCAGAGGCAGAAAAAACUUCUGUGUGGUGGUGGUGUAUAGUAUGUAGUCGCGUUGUUCUUUUCGAUUUCACGUGCUUUUUGUGGAUAGUUUUAGAUCAAAUUGUUAUAAUUGCUUCUUAGUUCUUCCGCGUACCGUGAUUGUGUCUCUGACUUUUCUGAGUCAGUAAAACGGACUCGAGCGCGUUGAUGAGAUUGCGUGAGAAAAUUGCAUAAAAAAACGGCCUGUAAUAGAGAGUGAGAUGUCGUCUACAUCAGAUGAGGAUGAAUCGGUUCAAAACGCGAAUGGAGAUACUGAAGGACUUAGUGGAAGCUUGAAAGUACCUUUACUACAGUACUCCUCGGUGAUUUUACCUGCGACUCGUGUAACUCCUGCUUUUCUAGAGCAACACCAGGCAGUUUGUACAGCUUGCCGUACUCGGGUGCCGCAUUUACGGACAAGAAGAUUACGUGUUCAUCCCACGUUAUGCACAAUUGUCUGCCGAAAAUGUGAGGAGAAACUGAUAGCGAUUUUUAAAUCAACGACUGGAAUCGAUGGUCGUCGGUGCCAUUGGUGCGUCACGCCCAUUUUACAGGAACCGUCAAAUAGCGCAUCCGCUGUCUUGGCGGAAAAGGGUGGUGCGCGAUGCAAUAACGUCCAAUGUGGACAAUUUGUGUGCCGAUCCUGUCUGAAACAAAACCUAACGCGUGACCAACUACAUGCUGUACGUGUUUCUCAGGAGAAAGGCGAAUGGAAAUGCUUUCGCUGUAAUCCUCAGUUGAUUCGGCCUCAUCAGUUAUAUGCGGCAACGGUAGCGGAAUAUGUGCGUGUGCGUCGUAGGCCCGUCCUUUUGGCAUCACCAGCAACUAAUAACGACGAGGUACACCAAAACCUAACAGAUACUAAAACAAACACUUUUUAUGGUCUAUGCCAGCAAGAAGUUGAAAAGCUGAGCAGCAGUGCACGAUCUCUGGUCGAGGCCUGUGCGUUGUACACAACCAGACAGGAUGGACAGAGCAGCUUAAUAAAUCAACUCGAGGAGCACAUCUUGUUGGCGGGACGCUUUUUGAAGCUCCAAUCAAACCACGAUAAAUCACCGCAAGGAAACGUGUCAUCUGCUACAGGCGACGCUACCUUCACCGACGCUCCGAUGGGCAGUAUACUUCCUGUACUGGACUACGACGAGAAGAAUGUGCUGAUUGAUGUGAUCCGCCAGCAAAAUGAGGCACGAAAGGGCCAGCAGUCGGAUGAACAGCGAUUUCAGAAACUUGUUCACCCCGAAAAUUUUAACGAUCAAAGUACGCCUGUCGGAGAAAACACGGCGGGUCGUGGUGACACUUCUUUGGUUUCAUCGGAGUCAGCGUUAGAAACUACGGAAAAUACAAAAGGCACAUUGAAUACACCGGCGUCUACAGCUUUAGAAAAUAUUUUAGCUCCAAGUAACAUAAAAAAUGAGAUAGACCCAGAUGAAAUCGUUUAUGACGAAGUAGCGUCAGCGUCUCCCAAAAGCAUUAAAGAGAAGGUUUCAAACGAUAAUCAUUGCUUGCCAGUCAACACUAUAGAUUUCGAUAAUGAUUCUAAGGAUUCCAAUGCCACCGUAGAUCUCCCGCUUGUGCCGAAUAAAAGGUUUAAUAAACAGAGGUUGUCAAAUUCGUCAAAGAUAGACGAAAAUAUACAGGGUACAGCCCAUUCGGAUAAUGAUGAGGAUUGCGAGCUUCAGUCACUUCUAGCUGACAUCGAACCGAGAAGGAUUGUACAACACCAACAUAACGGUAAGAAGAAACCGGGACCCAGUGGCAAUGACACAAAUGGCGAUCUUAAACCAAAAUCAUCUGACGCCAAGGUGAAGAAGGAAAUGUCAGGUAUCUCAAAAAGCCGUGCUCCGUUCGCUUCGUCCGAUGAAGAAGCGGGAGGCGUUGGUGGUCUGAACUUGUCACAACCGUGCGACUACGGACCAAUUAUCGUUCUUUCGGAGUGUGAAGGCUUGUCGGAUCUUAUGAGUGACGAAGACGAUGAUGAAGAUGAUGACAUGGAAAUUUACGUUGAAGAAGAUGAGAGUCAAGAUUCACAUGAGCAUAGCCAUAGUAAUAGAUCACUUUCAGUCUCUGAGCACAACACUCGUGAAGAUACGGAUGGUGAUGUGAUGCAAGUCGUCGAUGAGAGGGACGAUAAACAAGAUAGAGGGCCUCAUACGGAAGGCAGCAAUGUAUUGAGCAACAAAGCUAAUGGUACUCAGAACAAGAAAGUUUUGCUGAAGCGUUUGAUCCCAAGUAUGCCUAUGGCGGAUACGGAUGCCAGUAACUCUGAAGAUGAGGAAAAGAGCGGAGCUUGUGCAAGGCUAAUGAAACCGAGAAGGAAGCUAUCCAAUGUUAAAAGACGACUGUCGCAGAUUAGCUCAUCGGAAGACGACUCCAGUAGCAAUGAGUGGAAGCGACCGAGAAUCGGGUCGGAUAACCAGUUAGAGCUCUCAUCUACUCGGACAGCAAAUUUAGAUCUGGGCAGUGAAAUAAGCGGAAAUCCUAUGUCUAGAACUAAUGACAAUCCAUCUGGUAGUACGGAUGUUCGUCCCGGUGAUCCGGUGAAGUCAGCUACUGUGUCGAAAACAAAAUUGCCCCAAGAUGUUUUGGUUGUAAUGGACUCCGACGAUGAUGUCAUCGUUUCGAAGGAAGAAAUGGGCCAUGGAAAGCAAAAAAAAGUGGCCACUUCCGUGCCUCCUGUCAAGAAGUUUUCAAAACAAGCAAUUAAGGCAGAGUUUGACCCAUGUGUGAUUUCCAGUGAUGACGAUGAGCCUGCUACACAGCGGCUCACGUUUCCGUCCGUAUCAAACGGUAUACAGUCAAAAGGAGAGAUCCCUGCACCUGGAAGUGCACCGACAGGUAGACGCAACAUUCGAGAGGUGAUGGAUGAAAACAAACUGUCAGGAUCGACACGCGAGGCUAAUGCCGCCGAACGCGAACGUCGUCAACGGAUCGAGGAGCUACAAAACAAGUAUAACCAAUUUGAGCGGAGCUUUGAACAGAUGGCUGGCCCAGAUGGUGGCAAGUGUGUCUUGGAAUACGAUAUGACAACUAAGAAGCCGCUGGUUGAAGUACAUCCGAGUUUAGCUCGCCGUCUUAAAAAACACCAAAGCGAAGGGAUUAAAUUCCUGUAUCGUAAUCUUAUCGAAACGGUAUCUCGACUCAAAUGCAAAGAAGCGUGUACCGGUGCCAUUCUAGCACAUUGUAUGGGUCUUGGUAAGACUUUUCAGGUCAUUUGUCUUGUGCAUACCUUACUCACCCACCCAUUAUUAAAAGAACACUUCAAGACAGUUUUAGUCGUAUGUCCGCUAAACGUUGUCAACGCGUGGCGUUGCGAAAUCGAACAGUGGAUUAAGCGAGAUGACACAAUUCAGGAAAAGUUCAUGCUAUAUAAUCUACAUCAUGAAAAGGACCAAAUCUUGCGCGAAUCUUUAAUGAGUAAAUGGACCCGUUCAGGUGGGGUUUUACUGAUAACACCAAACCUGCUUACUGUUCUGCUUGGCGCGGAAACGGAGGCGGGACAAAGGAAACGCCAAAGGCUGCUGAAAUUAAACAAAAAUAACGCGGCGCGAGUUAAACCCAACUCUGCUAGCAUGAACAAGAUGAAAAGCUUCCUCUGGGAUCCCGGCGCAUCUGUGGUCGUUGUCGACGAGGGUCACACGCUUAAAAAUAGCGACACGCAAGUAACGCAGGUAGUCCAGAUGAUGAAAACACGAAGAAAAAUUCUCCUCACUGGCACACCGCUACAAAACAAUCUUGUAGAGUACUACACGAUGGUUUCGUUGGUUUCUCCAGAUCUCCUUGGAACGAAGCAAGAAUUCAAGAACCGUUUCGAAAAUCCGAUAUCGAAUGGGCAAUACAAAAACUCAACUGUCGAAGAUAUUCAAAAAAUGCGGAGACGCGCCAGUGUCCUCAAUAAGUUACUUAAUAAUGUUGUCCAGAGGAGAGAUAUGUCUGUGUUGGCAAGCAUCUUACCGCCUCGACAAGAUUACGUCCUCACAAUUCGACUUUCACCGCUGCAAGAGCGACUUUACAGUGAAUUUCUAGGCAUGCUAAUUAAGCGCGCAGAGGAACAGCCAAACAACAAUGGCCCGACUUUUAAGCGUCUUCUGCAAGAUUUUGUAUUGCUUAGAUCAACAUGGACCCAUCCGAAGCUAUUGGUGAUGCCACGAAAAACCUGUCCAAAAAAGCAAAAGGUAGCAACCUUAGUUGAUAUGCUGGUCUUUGAUUCGAUCACACCUGAGCAGGAUGCACAGCUUACGCAGAAAGACUGGUAUAGACCGCAUCUGGAAGGAACGGAUUUGGAUGAUAUCGCACUCGGUCCUAAACUCUUCAUAUUGUUCGACAUUAUUCAACAAUGCACACUCAUCGAGGACAAACUCGUCGUGUUUUGUACCCAGCUCAGUGCUCUUGACCUUAUUGAAUAUCUUCUUCGACUGAUGCACGAGAAUCGCAUUGGAGGACACAGUUGGGUUAAGAACAAAGAUUUCUUCCGCAUGGAUGGUACGACUACUGCGGAAGAUCGUCAGAGAUUCUUUGGGAUGUUUAACGACCCUGAUAAACCAUGGGCGCGAUUAUUUUUGGUUAGCACUAACGCCGGUAAACUUGGUUCAACCCUUAUCGGAGCCAAUAGAAUGGUGCUUCUUGACACAAGCUGGAAUCCAUCAGACGAUAACCAAGCCGUAUAUAGAAUAUACCGUAUUGGGCAGACAAAACCUGUCUAUAUUUACCGGUUCGUUUCAUUUGGAACCAUGGAAGAGAAAAUUUACGCCCGCAAUAUACUUAAGGAGAGUACGCAACAUCGCGUUUUAGAUGAUUCAAAUAUGGAGCGACAUUUUACGCAUGAGGACGUGCGUGAUCUCUACCUCUUUACUCCAUAUGAAGAGUCUGAAAAAGUCCUACCUCCCGUACCGAAGGAUCGUCUCUUGGCUGAAUUAAUUCUACGACAGAAAGACAAUAUUGUGAAAGUACACGAACACCAACAAAUGCUACAAAAUCUUGAGGAUGAUCUUUCGGAAGAGGACCGUCGCAUAGCAUGGGAAGAAUACCAGAGAGAAAAAGACGCUCCUCCUGGUCAGCAAGGAGCACAGGAAAGUGCUGGUGAUACAGCAUUUUCCAAACCACCAGCAUUAUUAGUCGUCGCAGAUCAGCUGCUUGGACAAGUAGCACAAUUUAGUGCUAUUUUUAAUAAUCCAAACGUACCCGAAGAAGACAAACGAAAGAUGAUAGGACAAUACCUAAAAAAAACGAAGCAGGCGAGAGACAAAUAUGAGCAAGUAACCAAGAUAGACCAUCAAAUGUUGACCGAAUGUAUUCGUCUGAAACAUCCGCUUGAAGUAACUAACAAAAUCGUGAGCCGGAGGCAGAUUGUCAACUCCAAAAUUGAGCUGCUUAAUGAAGAACUUCGACAGAUCAACGAUUUCAUCAAAAGGCUUCAGCAGACUCCGAUUAGACGCGCGCUGUCGUAAUAACUAAAAUUGCAAAAUACAGGAUCCUAGCGCUACCAUUGAAGCCAGCGGAUCAUCAAAGCUUUAAUCUGAUGGACCUUGAGAAAGGAUACCUUUAUUACUUAAGGACACUCCUCGCAGCAGAUUGUUGCUGGAAAAGAGCGCGCUGUGUAUGUCAUUCAUGAUACUCCGGUCGAAUUUUCAACUUUGUAUGCAACAUAUGUCCGACUAUACUGUUAGAAAGAUUGCCGCAUAGCUAUUAGGUAACUAUAUACGAAAAUGACAUUGUAAUUAAGCAUAUGUAUAUAUUUUAAAAGAGAUUUUUCUAUUUUCUGAAAAAAUAUAGUUAAUCUAAUCCACGAUAUAGUUCCAAAACGUAUGGCUUCAUUUAAAUUGAACACGUAAAUACCGUGAUGAGUUUUAUGGUCUAAGAACAUUCAUAUCAUAAAUGGAAGCUGCGUUUUGUAUAGACAAUAAACUGAAUAAGCGCCGAACAUAUGCAUACUGCAUUUAAAUAUUUUGCAGUUAACUAAAAUCGUUUGUUGAUUGCCGUUGGACUUUGCGAAAUUAUUGGCGAAUUCCGCAAGGCUUUGCUCGCAGUUGACAAAUGCACGCACAAACACAAUGACCUCUAACAAGCUCAAUCUAUUUUCCUUAGUUAGCUAACUGGUCCGGGGACUGUGGAUGCUUCAUUAAAUAUUACUACUUCAGGUAAUCUCGCCUACGAAAAUACUGCAAUACAAUGAUACAUUUCAUUAUUUCCUUGGCUACUAAUAGUGUUAAUGUUGAAAAAUAGGGUUUUAUGAAGCAACUUGAUCAGGCUUACGGUAAUUUAUUUUAAGAGGGUAUUUUUGUCAAGUUAGUUUGUUUACGCACACAUCUAAAUGGUAUUUUAGUACCCCCAGAAUGUAGCUGGUUUAACAUAUAUAGCAGUCACCUCAAAUAGCUUCGGAGUUUUUUCUGCUUUUGACCGAUGUGAACGCUUGUUGUGAACUAUUCAUUAGGUUGUCAUGAAAGUUAUCUAAAUUUCAUUAAACUAAGUUUGUCUACUAGGCUUAAAUAUUUCAGUAUAUUGUAUUGGUGUGAUGCAUACUUAUGUAUCUAGCUUAAGGUAACAUAAAUUGUAUAGCUAUGUUUGGGCUUAUGGGACAUAUACCUAUCCGUAAAAUAAAAAGUAAUUCUACCUUGUAUUACUAAGCGUUAAUAGUUAUGUACGACUAAUAAGAGGUCGUUGCAAAAUGUGCCGUAGAAAUGCGUGAAUUGGAUGAGGAUCGCGGUGCACCAACUACACAAAAUAUUUUCUUAAUGUUCACUCUCUAUAUCUUGUCUUAGAUAGCAUCGAUCAUGACAUAAUUAUAGCAUGACCUUUCCGUAAACAAAGAUUCCGUCUUCGUUUUACCUCUGCACGCAAGAUUCUUUGACAAUAUGUUACAGCAUUAAGUGUCAGCAAUAAACGGGUAAUUUUUUAAUAAUUCUGGUUCUUUCUUUAAAAAAUGCUCUCCGAUAACGACCCAAGGUCUCUUCCUGACUCUCCUCUUUGCAUAGCAACUCUCGUUGGUCUUUACAGUGUCGUGUCGAAUAAACGCGACCACAUACUUUUUGCUUGCAACAUUUUUUUUAAAUCGUACAUGUGUAUUGGCUCAAAAAUUAUGCGCACUGUUAAAUCAGCAUGACUAUUAUAUUACUUAUUCUGGCAUCGUGAAAUUUCCCUCAACUGAUCCAAUGCGCGUCUUUUCAAGCAUCACUCAGAUUUAACGAUACGAGUGGGAUACGUGUGGACUGUUCCAUCGUUGCUGCACAAAUUAUGCUAUAAUUAUCACCGGGUUGUUUUUUUGGUGCGAGUGUGGACCUCAUGCAGGGAACUUUUAGCGCGCCAUUGCAAGUGUCGAGCAGAGAGCUGAUGACGACAAUGAUUCCAUCAAUCAGAAUUUGCCUUGCUGGAAACAACGUUGCGGUAGGACCCUUGUUUCCGACGAGCCUGUUUCUGAUAAAGGAACAGGCAGUUCCUUUCCAGGACAAUUUCAAGACGGGUACCGGCAACCACGUCAUUCGCUCACCAAGACCAUAAGCGUAGCGAGCAUCACAGACCAACAGAGAGCUGUAUCGGCUAGUGGCUACGCAAUUGCUGAAGCAGCACAUAUGAUUACUACCAAAAAACGAUAACGACUGCCGUCGAGGGAACAAGCUCUCAGCAAAAUGGCGAGUAAUUAUGCUCGUAAAAGAAAGGAAUCGGUUGAGACCAGCAGCCAAACAGCAAACCGUACGCUUAACUAGAAGAGAGCUACAGUGUGAUUAGGCAACUAUAAUCUUAGUACCAUAUAUGUCCCAGCAACUUUGCGGUUUCGGCGAUUGUUUUGGCAAUCGUGUUUAGGAGUCUGAUGACACUGCCAAAAAGAUUUCUGACUUGCAGCCACAGACUACGCUUAAUAUUUUAACACUGUAAUAAUAUAUUAUUCUGGAGCUGUGAGAAAAGGAUUUGAAGAAGAAGUAAGAUGUCGCAAGCAAAUGGGACCAAAACAGCGCUCACCUACGUUCAAAAUGACCAACUAUGUCGAGAAUAUUAGACGGGUUCUCUUAAUAAAUGACAAAGCCGGCGUUGGGCCCAUAAUAAAGGUCACGUGAGAGAAGCCCCCGCUGAAGUAAUGCUAACGCACAUCCAUUAAACAUUCCCGAAGGCCAGAUAGCCUUUUCUACAAGGUCGAGAAAUUGAGGUUUAUUUAGUGUUAUUGUAGCAAGGUGAGUUUCACACUAUGCACGACUCAUAUGUAUUCGCCUAGGUCCUGUACAAAAAAAAAUUAGAGGUUCAAGAGGAGCCAGUGGGAACCGUUUACUACGACAGGUAAAAACGGCAGAAAUGUUGAAGAACUAAAUCAAUGUCCGACAUAAACACGUACCUAAUGUCAAUGCUGAGCUGUGCCCGCCACCUGUAAAAGUGGUGGUCCAAAAAAAAGACUAGAGAUAUGGCUAGUUCACUACUGGGCGGCAGGUGCCAAGCAGAUCGCCGAGGGUUCUAAUCAUGAACACCAAGCUAGGCGACUAACGAGUUUACUUUCCCAUAUUCAAAAUUUUGCAGUAAUCAACGUCAAUUCUGUCCGAGAAGAGAAGCGUGGAUUGCUUAGGAGAGCGCCUGCUACCUGGAAUACGACGGUCUGACCAACUGGCCGACGCAUAUUUACCUCUGGAAUAAAAGUUCAGGGUCGAGAGGGGACUGCCCAGACAAAAACAAGAUGGAUAGAUCGAACAGGUACAACUGAGAUAUGCACCUAGAGCUGAGCCUGACGUAUACGUUAGGAUUCGCACAUGUGCUAAGGUGGUACAGCCUAGGUUUACUAAUGCAAUGCCGGAAAAACGAGACUAUAGAGACAUAAAAAAACUAUUGCCUAAAUAUGAAUAGUACUGGGAGCCAGCCGCCUAAGGUAGUACCUAAUUAUAUAAGUACCGGACGUAUGACAAUAAAAAUAUAUAAAUAUAAACAUUGGGUGUAACGAUAAAUACAAAUGCCUAAUAUUGAACUAUACACACCGCGAGAGAAAUAUGUGUCAGUAUUAAUGUUGCGUAAAAGAUGUUUGGCAGAAAAACAUUUCCAACAACGAAGAAUUUCCAAAAUUAAGCGUGUAUUUGUAAAAAAAAAGAUCGAAUAGAUAGGUCGAGACUAGUAAACAAGGCUAAGGCGAGUGAAUCACUUACUGAUGAACUUCUUAAUUGAGCGUAUCGAUAAUCGCCCGCAUCACGAAACAUUAGUCUAUAGGACAAUGAUUUGCUCUGUAAAUACAAGUGACACAAUAUCAUAUAAAUGAUUACAUCAGGUAAAUCCAAGCGAAAAUAUACAAGACAGAAUACAUACUAUGGAUAGCAAGCGUUUCAACAUGGUAUAUGACAUUCCAAAUAUGAUCACUAUGACUAUACGCAAAAGAAAUGACCGCUACAUUACUACACGACAUUUUACCACAAGACCUUCAGAAAAUGAGACAUGGCACAUGGAGCGGAAAACGUUUUGUCAUUUAAGCCAUCUAAAAGUACACAAAAUUUCCUUUCUGAGGCAAUAGGUCAAAGCCAGAAAGAGUUCUAUAAAUACAGGAUAAAAGACUGGCAGAAAACCAUUUAAAUAUCUAAGGACUACGUUACAAAAUAAAAACUACCUCUUCAAACAGGAUAAAUUAAGAGUCAAAAAUCGGCCGGAGUAUUCAGGAUGUCUUAAUGUAUAGGAGGUUUGAGAUUUGCAAAGAUUACUGGAAAGUCAUAACCGUACUAAACCAAAUAUACAGAAAGGCGAUGGCAGCAACGUCUGAGACUACCAAAUAGGUACCAAAAGGAAAAUAAAAGGAAAAAGAAAAAGAAAGGAUAUGCGACAAGCGAUCAAAAUUUCUCAACAAUGAAUUACAGUAGUUUCAUCCUGAGUAACUGAAUUCUCAUAGCAAAAUUAAGUUUUUAAUUAAAUAAGUAAAUAACACCUUUACUUCCGUGUCGCACUGACAAUGACGAAACCUUUGGAGAAAAAUUGACAUGGUACAAGAGAAGCACAGAGAAAGCUCUACAGACGAGAACGAAUAUGAG